UACCGGUCCUACAAUCGCAUGUUGUGAAAAUGGAGGUUGUGUUUCGCUGGUGUCUCUCUCGCACCCAUGGGUUUCAUACCUGUGGUCGUUGUUUCGCUAAAGAGCCUUUUUCUGCGUCCUGUGAAAGCAUGUUGAACACGUUGACACGACUGGCUUCCAACUCGCAUACAAGGAAAAACAUCACAACGACGCUGUCCAAGUAUUCUUCGAAGGAAGGUCUGGUGCUAGGCGUGUAUCGGGAGAAGGAUUCUCGACUGGUGCUCACUCCAGCUGCUAAAGAAUAUGUCUCCAGGAAUAAACUGGAUGCGGCCAUGGAAUUGUUCAAGAUGUCAUGGAAGAAAGGUGAAACUCGCAGUUUCUACGGACUGGACAGUGCGAAGUAUCCACUCAUGUGCUUCGUCAACUUGGGUCCUAGGCAUCCUGUGGAAAACCCUCUAGAAGAACGGGAUGAGCAUGCAGAGAAUAUUCGCGAUGCCAUAUCUGCGGCCGUCCGCAGGUUACGAACCGUCGGAGCCUCUUCCAUCGAUAUUGAUCCGUGUAAUAAUGCGGAAGCGGCAGCAGAAGGCUCCCACCUGGCCCUCUGGAGUUACGACGAGCUCAAAAGGAAUCGUGAACCACCCGUAAAGUUGAACCUCUUGGACUGUACGCAAGAGACACAGUGGCUGAGGGGCGUCAUCAAGUCUCAGGGACAGAACCUGGCAAGAAGGCUGUGUGAGACCCCUGGCAACCUCAUGACCCCCACAAUCUUUGCUCGCACAGCCACAGAAACGCUUCAAGGUCUCGGUGUCCAGGUUAUCACGAGGGACAAGAAAUGGAUAAAAGAAAAAAAGAUGGGGUCCUUCCUGAGUGUCUCCCAGGGGUCAGAAGAGCCACCCAUCUUUUUGGAACUGCAAUACAAUGGACAUCUUCAUGGAGAGCCCACAGUCUUUGUCGGGAAAGGUGUUACCUUUGACAGUGGUGGCAUUUCAAUCAAGCCAUCUGCCAACAUGGAUCUCAUGCGAGGUGACAUGGGUGGAGCCGCGUCUGUGGUUGGUGCCUUUUUUGCCAUUGCCAGCCUCAAGAUUCCCAUUCAUCUUGUGGGCCUCAUACCCCUGACAGAAAAUAUGCCCAGUGGAAGAGCGACUAAGCCAGGUGACGUUGUUACGGCUAUCAACGGAACGACCAUCCAGGUGGACAACACAGAUGCAGAAGGGAGGCUCAUCCUGGCAGAUGCUCUCUGCUACUCGGCUACAUUUAAGCCCAGUGUUGUCGUCGAUGUUGCGACACUCACGGGGUCCAUGAAUGUGGCCCUGGGGUCGGGUGCAGCUGGUACUUUUUGUACCUCAGACAUCCUGUGGAAUCUGUUGUAUCGGGCUGGUAAAAUGUCGGGGGACCGUCUGUGGAGGAUGCCCUUGUUUGAGCACUACAAGAAGCAAGUGACCAAGGCCCAUUUAGCAGACUUGUCCAACGUUGGAAAACACAGUCCCAGUGCCGGCUGUUGCGUCGCAGCUGCAUUCCUCAGGGAGUUUGUUCCAGUGAAGCAUUGGGCACACAUAGAUAUAGCUGGUGUAAUGAAUGUCAAGGAUGAAAUUUCAUAUCUUGGACCAGGAAUGACUGGGCGACCCGUUCGUACCCUGGUAGAAUUUGCGCAACUCUUGGCCACAACUCCGGACAACCUUUUCUAGAAAUACUUUCUAUUCACAGAUUGUUGAAAUAGACAACUAAUAAAACCGUAUAAAGUGACAA